UAAAUAGCUUUGCCUGCUAGAAAGUUCUACAGGCACAGUCAAGAAAAUCAGAAGAGAGCUUCCCCCGUGCGUAUAAAGUAUAAAGCUAGUUUGAGUGUUUUUAGAAGUGGUGGGGUCAAAAUUGUUGAUCAAAAAUAGUGCUGGGGGCAUGUCCUCGCCGUAUAUGACGCCUAUGGUCCCACCUGUGGUGAUGUGGGCAUUUAAUAAUUGUAAGUUAUUGUCAUAACAUUUAUACCAUGGAUAUUAUUUGAAAUUGAGGCUUGUAAGUCGUACAGCAUUGUAAACGGGCAUUUGCAUGUUCAGCACUGUUUUCUGUAUGCGUUCCGGGGACCUGUGUCUGUCUCGUCAUCCCUGCGCUGUCAUAUUGCACCUUAUGAUUUACAAAUUAUGCACUGGUUGUAGGCUAUACUGGGUCAUAUUGCUGUUGGUUAUGUUGAACGUGAUGAUUACAUGCUGUGUGAAUAGAGUAUAGGAUAGUAAAAAAUAUACGUACUGUAGGCUAAUAUUUGUGUCCCCCCCCCAUGCAUUUCAUCAUCAACGGGUCUGUCUGAACACACCAUGUUUACUGUGUUCACUCUAGAGACUUGACCACGCUUGUUGUUCAUGGGUGACAAGAAUAUGAGAUGAGGAGCAAUGAUGUUGUGAGUCACUUUAACUUUGAACGUCUUCAUGCACAGUCUGAGGAUUUAGCUGUAGUCAAUCUACGUUCUUAUAACUUAGAAUAAGAUAUUAGAAGGUGUUAUAUUAAAUUUUUUCCCUGAAACAUUUCAUACGCACAGUACAUUUAUGGCAGAUAACAGCUCCGUCACAGGUGGUGGCACUUUGCGGCAUUUCGGUGAACGUUUUUACGUCGUGCAGUUGCUGGUUUCGAUUUUUCUGUGUGUCAACGUGAUGCUCAUCGUGACCCUUUUCUCAAAAGUCUACUUCUACACAACCAUGCGAUACAUCUUAUUCACUGUGACUCUAUUGUCUGAUACCUUGAUUUUAUUCAUCACUGACGUUCUGUUUAUCUUGGCUUAUCAUGCAAUGACGAUGCCUAUCGCCCUGUGUGUUCCCGUCUAUAUUGUUGUGGUUGUGUACACUUUUGUCACACCUUUGACGCUUACAUCCAUGACGCUGGAGUGCUAUGUGGCCAUUUGCAUGCCCCUGCGUCACGGAGAGCUGUGCACGUCACGCAGAGCUCUGCACUGCGUCCUCAUCAUUCACGGCCUCAGCUUUGUACCGUUGACUCUCAUCCUCUCCAUCUUCUUUGCAUCAGCUCCCACAAGCUUGUACUCCGAGCACAGGAUAUGCUCCAUGGACAUAUUUGUGUAUCUCCGAUGGCAGGACAACGCUAAAAUGGCUGUGUAUCAGUUGUACUUUUUCGUCAUGUCUGCCACCAUCAUCUUCUCCUACAUUAAGAUCAUGAAAGCAGCCAAAAAAGCUGUGUCAGGAGAGAAUAACAAGUCGUCAAGGAGAGCGCUCGAGAGAGUGACUCUUCACGGCUUUCACCUCCUUUUCGGUCUCAUCCAGCUGUGGUGUCCGUUCAUGGAGACUGCUGCACUUCAGACUGAUUUCAAGCUUUUUUUAAAUGUCAGGUAUUUCAAUUACAUAGUGUUUAAUCUCACUCCAAGAUGCCUGAGUCCGCUUCUGUACGGCCUUAGGGAUGAAAAGGUUUUUCUUGCCCUGAAACGAAAUACACCUUUUCAGUUCCACUUUGGACAAAACAGAGUGAGGAUCACGAGAAUUUGA